AUGGACCCCGAAGGCCCCGUUACCCUCCGAACCUCCAAGUUCAUCACCAACCGUCUCCUUAACCGACGUCAAUUCGUCCUCACCGUCCUCCACCCCACCCGCCCCAACGUCUCCCGAUCCGACCUCUCUGCCAAGCUCGCCGCGCUCUACAAGACCGAGAAGGACCAGGUCGUCGUUUUCGGCUUGAAGACCAAGUUCGGUGGUGGUUCCUCUACCGGUUUCGGUUUGAUCUACGAUGACGAGGAGAGCCAGAAGAAGUUUGAGCCCAAGCACAGGCUCGUGAGGGCUGGUCUUGCCGACAAGGUCGUCAAGCCUUCCAGGAAGCUCCGAAAGGAGAGGAAGAACCGAGCCAAGAAGCUCCGCGGAAAGGCCAAGGGAAAGGCUGCCGAGCCCGCCAAGAAGAAGUAA